CAGGAAAACAACAGGCGUGGUAUAAAAAGGGGGGAGCAGAGGUUUGGGGUUGUUUUUGUUGGAAUAGCUGCUUCAAGAAGGAACAGAGUAGAGGAACGCAAACUGACUACUUUCUGUUCGAGCCAGCGGUUAACUCUCAGCCAUGUGGGUGUGGCUGAACCUUCUCUUGGCUCUCUGCCUGCUCCCUGGGGGCGAGGCAGAGAGUCAGGGGGAGGGGACACGCUGUAAACCUCCACCAGAUUGGAAGAUUGGUGAGGUGGAGCCAAUGAAGGAUGCAAUGGGCCAGGUGACAGUGGUGGCUCUAUUACAGGCCAGCUGAUUAUUCUGUUUGGUGCAGGCAUCAUGCAUGGAUGGGCUGCGCCAGACAUUGGAACGUCAGGGUUUGGAGAACAUCACCUAUAUGGUGGUGAACCACCGGGGGGAGCAAUCACAGAGACUACACAACCUGCUGCGGAAAAGGUUGUCGGAGAACAUCACCCUGUACCAGCAGGAGCCCAACCAGGCAGAUGUGUGGCAGGCGCUGGCAGGAGAAAAGGAUGACUUCCUUAUCUAUGAUAGGUGUGGCCGUCUCAGCUAUCACAUAUCCCUCCCCUAUUCCAUUCUGGGGACCCCCUAUGUAGAAAAUGCCAUUAAGGAUACAUACUGCAAACGCAUCUGUGGGGACUGCAGAUAUGAGAGCAUUGAGUUUCCAGCAGAGUGUAACAGGACAGUGGAGGCCAAUCCUGAGGGUGCGGAGACUCCAUAUACCAGACACCAGCACCACCAUCACCAUCACCAUGGGGUCGGGCAAGGGCAUGGCCACCACGGCAGUAUGGGGGAUAGAAAGGGGCACAGUCACCAUGGUGACAGGAGGGAGGGGCAUGGGCAGGGUCAUGUAGACUCUCGCUUUGAGAAUGAGGAGAAACAACAACAUCAACAGCAGCCCUUUCAUUUAGGCCAGGAGCAUGUGGGUCAACAGGCCAUGCACGACCAGUUGCAGCAUGGACAGACGCGCCAAAGAGCAGAGGCAGGGUUAGUGAUGCAGGGGCCCUGAGUGACAGCGAGAGCCAAGUGCAAGUACAGCUGACAGUCCUCAGACUCUGAAAACCAGGCCAGUCCGAAGACCAGUUGAUUCUGACACUGACGAAGGCUCUUUGCCGACGAGGUUGCUCUCUGACACUGUGACGAGGCACUUCCAGCCUCCUGACAGUGACACGGGUCAGUGGGGGACUCCACUAAUCAGAUCAGGGAGACUUGACAGUGACGUUUGCCCCCCGCAGACUGACUGCAGCCUCAGCCAGACAAAUGAGACUGACCCACGGGUAUUGAGGGGUGAGGCUGAGAGCAGCUGUAAGCAAGGCCAUUGUCCUGCUACAUUUCCAACUUUUUAAACCUCAACCCAAGGGUAAAGUGCUCUUUUACCAACUAGUAUUACCCUGAGAUGAUGCAAUGGCAGCUGACAGAGAGUAGAGAGUAGAUAAAGGGUUCCAACAAAAGGCUGGUGUGGAAAUAAGAUUUCCUCAGCAAGUGCACUGCUUCUCUCUGUCAGUGUGUCGGCCUCAUUCCUCACCAGGAGUGGAAGGGAAGAAGGGAUCAUAUCCAUGCUCUGACUCCUCCUUUGUGCUCUCUUCAUACGUAAUGAAGGCAGGUGCAGAAACUAUGCUCUAGUGGCGUUUGCCGGAUGUCAGACUGAAGAGAAGGGAAGGGAAAGAAAACAUGGACAUUAUCACCCUAAUAAGUAAUUAUAUGGUAUAAUUUACCAGCUCUUCAAAGCUUUGGAAAAAAAUAAAAAUGUUAAAUCCAAUGACUGUGGCAUCUAGAAAAAAUAGAUCCCACCCAAAUUAAGUUACAGCUUGCCACGAUUAUGUAGUCUGGCAGAAAGAAGUGUCACAUUGAAAACAUAUGUUCCCCCUUAAAUACAAUUGUUGCUCUGUUGGGCAACAAGCCCAAGGUCCACAAUGUUUUAUUAUAUGUUCUUUUCCCUCUUUGAAUUAUAGUCAGCUCAUGUACAUUUUUCAAUAAGCUUUGAAUUAUGUUUCUGAUUGUAUACAUAUUCUAGUAUAAUGUUUUUGUAGACAAGCCAAAACACUCAAUUUCUCAGCUGCACAGUGUAUGGUUCACAGCUUUAUCCAUACACUAUAGCCUAGUAUAUGCAACUAACACAUGUUUUAAAGCAUGGCAUAUUUUGCUAACAUUUCCUACAAAACACCAUGAAAGAAGUUGUACUCUUUAUGUCAUGCUUGAAGUGAAAUAGACUGAAAGAUUUGAAUAUUGAUGAAUCUGUACUUAAUGAAGGUAUCUAAGGGAAGACAAUUGUCACUUAGAGAACCUGAUGCCUGCACAGCAGAUGUUCACCAGUGUUUGAGGAAUGUUUGGAAAAGGUACAACUGAAAUGACUGAAUAAAGAUGUUCACCUUGCCCUUUUCAUCAACUAUA